AUGGCCAAUAAUGGUAACGGAAGCGAGUCAUCAGUUAGUGGCACUGAGUCGAUGGAAAGAAUCAUGGAAAGAGCGGUUACUAGCUUUUUGCAAGCCUUGCAGACUAACAUCAACAAUGGGAUGCCGGAACGUACUGAGGUGUACAGAUCAUGUACUAUAUCCUUAAAAGGAAAAACCUUGUAUGUAGACUUGAUUCCCAUCUGCAUUGGGAACGUUGAUGUAAUCUUAGAGAUGGAUUGGCUGGCUGUCAACCAUGCCUUUAUCGAUUGUAAAGCCAAAAAGGCCCCCACCGUUGAUGCAAUCCCCGUGGUUCAAGAAUUCUUGGAUAUCUUUCCUGAAGAUCUACCUGGUAUCCCUGUUGAUCGGGAAAUCGAAUUCACCAUUGAAACCCAACCUGGCACAGAACCAAUAUCGAAAGCUCCUUAUUGCAUGUCGAUGGCAAAAUUGAAAGAGAUGAAGACUCAACUCCUGGAACUACUGGACAAAAGGCUUCAUUCAACCUAG